AAUUUUGCAGAUCUGUCACGGAGAAAACAGUCCGCCGGAGUAAACUGUCCGGCCGGACUGUUUACUCCGGAGUAGAAUGUCCUACAUUGGAGUAAAUUGUCCUACUUAGCAAAUAAUUAGUUAAAGAAUCGCGGCUGAUUUUGUACCAAUAAUUGGUACAAAAUCAGCCGUGAUUAUAAGAUUUUAUAUUUGUUAUAUAUUUAGCUAUAAUUAAUAUUGUUCGAUUUAAAAUAAAUUAUUAUUAUAAAAUAUCAAAAAUCAUUUUAAAAAUGGAUGAACAGAAAAGUAAUUAUGAAGAAAUGAUGCUUGCUGAUGUUAGUAACUAUUUAUCUAAAUCUGUUUAUCGUCAUGACUGCACCCUAAAUGAUAAGCGGACAAUUAGACGAAAAGCAAAAAGGUUUAGAAUGGAGGAUAAUAAACUGCAACGCAAGAUAAAGAAGGACUUAUGGUUAGAAGUGGUUUUUAGCAAGGCGCAAAGAAAACAAAUUGUUAAUUCGUGUCAUAGCGAACCUACUGCUGGACAUCUUGGUAGAACACGAACUUUCUACAAGGUUGCAGAACGAUUUUACUGGCCAGGAAUUUUCAAAGAUGUAGAAAAUGCUGUACUUCGUUCUGUUAAUAAUGAAUUCAAUGGUUAAAAAUCACAAAGUGAUGUUUACCUUUUCAUUCAUAAACUAACAGUUAUGGAAAACAACACAAAUCGAUAAAAGACAUGGUGCAGAGACAUGGUGACAAACACCAGAAACUCAGUUCAAAGGGCGCCAAAAUGCUGAAAAUAAAGUUGUGAAGGUACAAGUGUCUCUUCAGUACUUACUGAAGUACGAACACCUUUAAUCGUAAUUAUUUUUGCAGUUUCAUAUUGCUUGUAUGUUUGGUGGACCUAAAUUUCUUGUGAAAAUGUUACCUGUAAACAAAUUAAAUUCUCAAUUUUUAUAUGAUCAAAUUCAUUUGACUGUUGAAGCAGUUAAAGAGUCUAAUGGCAACGCAAAGACAAUCCUUGCUUGUAAUGGAAAUCGAACUAAUCAAGCAUUUUUAAAAAAAUUUGACACAUUUCCUGAAAAACCUUGGCUAACCACCAAUGGAACCUAUUUGUUGUUUGACUUUGUCCACUUAAUCAAAAACAUCCGAAACAAUUGGCUCACAGAAAAAAAAGGAGAAUUAAUUUUUUAUGAAAAUGGUGUUGAGAAAACAGCUUGUUGGAGUCAUUUGAUAAAACUUUUUGAAGCUGAUUCUAAUUGUCUAAUGAAACUUUCUGAUUUGAAUGAAGUUUCUGUUCGACCCAGUCAUAUUGAAAGACAAUCUGUUUCUACCUGUCUAAAAGUGUUUUCUGAAAAAACAUACAGCGCUUUACUUAAUCAUCCUGAAACCUCCAACAUCUUAAACAUAAAUGAGACUGCUGAUUUUAUUAAAAUGGUUGUUACAUGGUGGAAAAUUUUAAAUGUAAAAAGUGUGGGUGUAGAUUGUAGGUUUAAUGAUGAUCGAAAAGCUGUCAUCAGAGAUCCAAAUGAUGAUAGAUUAAAAUUUAUUUGGGAUUUCGAAGAAAUGGCAUUACGUAUGACAAGUAAUCAAGGGAAGCGUAUAAAACAAUUAACACAUGAUACAGGAUAUUCCAUAAAUCAUACAUGUAAAGGAAUUGUUGAGUUGACAAAAACACUAUUAAAAGAAAAACACAAAUAUGUUAUGUUGGGAAAAUUUACAACAGACCCACUUGAAAAAGAAUUCAGCAAAUUAAGACAAGGAUCUGGUGGCACAUAUUUUUUAAGUGUCCAGCAAAUAAUUGAAAAGUUCAAUAUUUCUAAAACUUCACUUUUGUUGUCCUAUAUAACAUUAAUGAGUCAACUCCUGAUGCAGGACAUUCUUGCCAAUUUUGUGGAUUUUUACUUGAUGAAUCUUCAGCUGAGGUCUUUGAUAAUUUACCAACACUAGAAAAAAGUAUAACUGUUCAAUCAAAGAUGUCUCUUGUUUAUAUUGCCGGAUAUGUGUCUCGUAAUGAUGAUUUGCUUAAUGAAAAUGAACUUUUAACCAGAACAAUGUUUUAUUUUGAAAAGUUUGGUCAAUAUCUAAAAUCAGUCGAUAGAGGUGGGUUAAAAGUUCCUUUUGAUAAUACUGUUCAAUGGGUUUUCUUCUCAUUUGUACUAUUUAACUCUAUUAAAGAUAAAGUUUGUCGGACAUCCCUGUGCAACACUUUUAUGCUUAUAUCGGAUCAUUAUUCUUUUGACAUGGAACGACAUCAUGGUAAUAUACUGUCAAAUAUUUUUAUCAAAAACCACUGCAAACUUUCCACACCAAGAUCGAACAAAGAACCGUCUCUGAAAAUUUUAAAGUUGUCUUGUUAAGUUGACAGUUAUUUAUUGACACUUAUGCUGUUAUUUCUUUAUUGAAAUUUAUUAAUUGAUUUAAA